AUUUUCCCAGAUUAUAUUUAUAGCACAGUCCAUGGACAUGGCCACCUGUUCCUUAAAGAUGUAGUCUGCAAUUUCUCACUACUGCUUGGUAAAGUGGUGCUGUCGAUUCAAAAAGGUUCCCUGAAAAUUGUUUUCUAUGUCAUAAGCCAAUUUUUGCCCCAAGUCAUCAAAACCACUCUCUUUCAAACUUGGAAUUUCAUGGCCAGCUGAGAUAUGGUAAUGAUUUUUUCUAUAUAUUAUGCACAUAUAAAUAACAUAUGUUUUACAUAUCCAGCCAAAAAUGGGAGGUUCAACAUUUUAUUUUGAUAAUCGCAGUAGUCCCAGACUGCAUCUUUAAGCUAUAUUUUUAUAGAUCCUCUUUACUUAAAAUAUGAGAGGAUUCAGUUCCUGAAUUUUUUUACUUCUUCUUUUUGGUUGCUUCAUAGUGGUAAGUGGAGAGAGGUGAGGAACAAGGGAAUGACUACAAGGAGAGUGUGUGUCCUGGCCCUGUGAAGGUGUUUCAGGUGAUCUGCAUUUUCAUUUGUAACAAUGGAUCAUGUUGUCGAAACUACAGAAUAUUAUAUUGAUGAAUCCAUUGACUAUACCUUGUCACCUGACAUAGACCCAAGCCCAGACAUUGCAGAACCCUGCAACCAGGAUGGUAUCAUGGACUUUACCCGGAGCUACUCCCCUGUGGUCUACAGCCUGGUGUUUGUGCUGGCACUGGUGGGUAAUGUUCUAGUGCUGUGUGUGGUGAGGCGCUAUCGCAUUGCCCAGAGGGGUGGUGGUUGCUCCUUCUCCCUCACCGACACCUUCCUGCUCCACCUGGCCAUAUCUGACCUCUUACUGGCCUUCAUGCUGCCCCUGUUCGCUUUCCAAUGGGCCUACCAGUGGAUGUUUGGCACAGCUGUCUGCAAGAUCUCCGGAGCCCUGAUCUCACUAAACCGCUACAGCGGGAUCCUUUUCCUGGCCUGCAUCAGCUUUGACCGCUACCUGGCCAUCGUCCACGCUGUCAGCAACGGCUGGAAGCGCAACACCUGCCACGCCCAGAUUGCAUGUGCCCUAAUCUGGACAGUGUGCCUUGGGCUGAGCGGGGUGGACAUCACCUUUAGACAGGUGGUGGAGGUAAAUGUGGGGCGCUCCAGAGACUCAGGGGAUCAGAAAAUGUGGGUGUGCCAGACAGUGUUCCCCCACAGCACAGUCCAGUGGAAGGCGGGGCUGCCGCUGGUCAACUUGGUGCUGGGCUUUGGGCUCCCAUUGCUGGUCAUGCUAUACUGCUACAUCCGUAUCUUCCGCUCCUUGUGCAACGCUUCUCGCCGACAGAAGAGGAAGUCCCUGCGCCUCAUCAUCUCUUUGGUGUCCGUGUUCAUGGUCUGCUGGGCACCCUACAACACCUUUAAUUUAGUGGAAAGCCUGGAGAAGUUGGGUGUGAUUAGUGGGGGCUGCCAAUUUGGCCGAACCGUGGACAUCGGGAUCCUAGUGUCUGAGAGUUUGGGGUUGUCACACUGCGCCCUGAAUCCGCUGUUGUACGGCUUUGUGGGUGUCAAAUUUAGGAAGGAGCUGGCCAAGAUGUGUAAGGGGCUACUGGGCCAGAGGUUCUGUCCAGGUAUGGAAGGAUGGGUAGGACAAAGGAAGACACGAAGGCCCACUGGGUCCUUCAGCUCAGCGGAGAGUGAGAACACCUCCUACUUCUCUGUCAUGGUAUGAGCAUGGAGUGGUGGAAGGGUCAGGGGUGGAACAGAGAGACUGUCACAGAAAAAGAGUGAGGAGUAGGAUAAAAGAUCAAAGUGGCACAGGAACAAUAUACUGUUAAGUUAAAAGAUGAUAGAUUUUCAAUGUGAUUCACUCCUCUGGUGCUUUCAGAUGUUGGCUCACUCUUUAAUUAGCCCUCUUGUAUUAUAACAAUACAGUUUUAUGUUUCCUAUUUGUUUUUUAAUAUCCAUCCAAUCACAUAGCCUGCAAUGUUUUCCCAUAUACAAUGCAGUCCAGAAAUAUUUGGACAAGGAGCAAUUUUUGUCAAAAUCAAUUUGAACAAUGAAUAAAAGUGCAGAGUUAGCUUUAAUUUUUGAAUAUUUUCCUCCUUAUUGGAUGAAGCAUUUAGCACAUUAAUAGCACAUUUUGUGCAUAGUUCCCACAUUUAAGGGCACUAAAUGUAUUUGGACAAUUGGCUACAGAGUGGAUACCAGCUCACAUGUACAGAAACAUAAUGUCUGCUCAACAAAAUGCCAUAGAAGUCAUUAGACUACACCUUGCAGCAGGAAAAUUACAAAAAGUGCAAUAAUCUUGACUGGCGAAGUCAAACACCCGAUCUGAAUCCAAUUGAGCAUGUUUCACUUGGUGACAACAUGACUGAAGGAAACAUUUCUGCGAAGCAAACAGAAAAACUUCUGCUGAUAUAUUUCAGUGGCAGACUUUAGGCAGUACUCAAUUUGAAAACUUAAUUUAAGAUAAUUUAAAUGUGUCCAAUUCAUUUUGGCCUCCUAAAAUGUGGGAUGGGGUAUAUAUCAAAUUGUCUGGAAUUCAUGCAGAGGUCACUGUUUAUGGAUGCACAGCAAAUAACCUCAAAUUAAAGAUGACAUGCACUUUAA